UUUAAAACUAUAAACAAUUGGUUAUAAGACAGAUUUUCUUCUAACAAAACGAGAGGGAAGGGUCCUACUGCCUUCUGAAAUCUGUAAACUUUUUCCAGUAGCAUCUUGUGAUAGUACUGCUUUCACCUUUGGCUUUCUUUCUCUCCUCUUGCUGAGCGUCUUAAUUAUAAGGGCGCGCAAUAUACCACAAAUUGAAGACCAAUAUUUGUUUUUAUUUGUAUAUAUCAUCAUCAAGUAUUUCAAUUUGCAGGUGGAUAUUGUUUGACAUCUUUCUAGUUUGGAAUAUAUUGAUGGAGAAGUGCCCUAGUUCAUCUAGAACUGAUAGGAAAACCAUAGAAAAAAACAGAAGAAAUCAAAUGAAAGCUCUAUUCUCCAAGCUCAAUUCUCUUGUUCCCCACCAACGAUCAAGGGUCUCUCUCUCACUCUCUGAAUCUUCUUUGUGGGAAGCAUCGCUGCCGGAUCAACUAGAUGAUGCUGUAAACUACAUUAAAAAAUUACAGACAAACUUGGAGAAGCUGAGGGAGAAGAAAGACAGGCUAAUGGGAAUCGAGAAGAGCAGUCAUUGUAAUGCAGGGUUUGGCCGCAGUGGUGGAGCAAUAACCGAGGGAUUAAAUUCAUCACCAUUGGUUGAGAUUCAUGAAAUGGGUUCAGCUCUAGGGGUUCUGAUGAUAACUGGGCUGGAUCACCAGUUCAUGUUCAAUGAGUCGAUUCGAGUGAUUCAAGAAGAGGGAGCCGACAUUGUUAAUGCCAGUUUCUCAGUUGUCAAAGAUACUAUUUUUCACACAAUACAUUCCAAGUAUGAGCAUCUUUGGGCUGUACUGGAAUGAAAUUUGCAGAAAAAGAGAAUGCGACUGGAAAAGCUGUGUAAUUCUGAUACGAUAUGGAGCAGCUGGUGUAUGUGGGAAAGCCCUUAGUAUUCUUGAUUAAUAGUUCUGAUACGAUAUGGAGCAGCUAGAGCAAUGUUGAUUAAUUAAGAUUAAGUGGUGAUGAAAAGUCUUUGAUUCUAGGGUUUAGGGUUCAGAAUUAGCUUAAUUAGUAUUGUCUUAUGAAGACAUAACUCAAAUGGAUUGAUGGCCGUCAAAACUAUAACAAUCCACCAGCUAGCUUCACAAAAAUUAAAACAUAUCUAAUCUACUUCCCAAAUGGUCCCGUCCUCCGAGCGGUCGUCUCAGAGUAAACUUGAUGGAGCCUGGAAUGAAUCCUUAAAGUUUGGGGUGCAAGAAUAGUGGUCAGAGACUCAUACGGUGUCUUUGUGGCUGCGUUCGUCAGAAAGUCGGCCAAUGUUUUCUCCCCUCGGCAGGCUGAAGCUAUGGCGGUUCGUGCGGGGUUAGCUUGGACGACGGAAAGGGGUAUCAAAAUUUAUUCUUGAGAAUGAUUCUCUCCAAAUCACUUCGGCGCUGCUAGAGCCUUCUCUCAAUUCGACAAUGGUUGGUCCAAUUGUAGAAGGUGCCAAGGCCUUGCUUAAGUCGGGCACUGGAGUCGCACUUUGCCACAUUCGCCGCCAAGCCAAUAGAGUUGCCCAUCGUCUCGCCAAAAUUUCUCUUCAGGUUGAUGACUAUGUUUAUAUCUACAAGCUAAUGGAGUUGCCCAUCGUCUCACCAAAAUUACUCUUCAGAUUGAUGACUAUGUUUACAAUAUCGCAAUUAAAAAGUUGAUUAAUGUGAUUCAGAAUGAGAAAGAAACUACAAAAUUAAUGAAAUUAACACUCAACCAUCUAAUGUAUUGUGAGAAAAUGUACAUGGCAGAUGAUUGAAGCUCGUGUUAAUAAGUGGGAACACCAACUUCGGCAACUGGUCUAGUA